UUUAAGCUGUUCCCAAUAUCUCUUAUGAAGAUAAGGGACCCAAGAAUAGCGGAACAAGAAGCAGGUAGAGAAAUUUCUUUGUUCUGCGCGAAAGAACUUACAAUUCCUUCUCAAUGGAGCUGACUCUGCCUACACCCUUGUUUGCCUCCUCCUCCAAGAUAAUUAGGGAUCCUAAGCCCAUCAACCAUGGACUUCGGUUGUUCGACUCCAAUCCUAUUUCAGCUGAUUUGAAGCUUCAAGGAGGGAGAAGAACACUGACUAUAGCUUCUUCCCUACCUGAAACAGCUGCUUCUGUGGCCAUUGCUGCUACAGUUGUAGGUGCAGCAGCCACCUUCCUUUCCAGAAGAAACAAAGAUUCUGAAGCGGAGGAGAUUCCUUUGAGACCAUGUGAAGACUGCGGUGGUUCAGGCCUAUGUUCUGAAUGCAAAGGUGAAGGGUUUGUGCUGAAGAAACUGUCGGAUGAAAAUGCAGAGCGUGCACGGUUGGCUGCGAAGAACAUGGCCACUCGGUUCACCGCAGCGCUUCCUAAAAAAUGGAGCUACUGUUCCAAGUGUUCUUCUGCUCGUUCUUGUAGUACUUGUGGUGGCACUGGGACGUUCAACUCUUAGUCUUACAACCCGACAAACUCCUUAUAUCUCCGUAUAUCAUCCUAUCUUGUAAAUUUCUCUCAUCAGGAGUGUUCAAAGAAUUCGAUGACUUCAAAAAUUUAAUCAAUUCAAUCUAAUUUGUACAACUUAGAUUGGAUUGAGUUCUAAUAAAUAAAAUU